AUGAAUAAGUAUUACAAAAAGCGAAGACAUGAUCUACCAACUAUUAAAGAAAAUGAUGUUUUAUGUCAACGUUGUUAUGAAAAAGAGCAUAAACGUAUGAAUCCGAAGAAAACUGACGGUGAGACAACUGCAAUAUCAAUGUCAAAAGGUUCAACAGCAUCAUCAACAAUGUCAUUAACAACAUCUGCUUCAUUAGAUUUUGACAAAAGAAAUUUACGAAUUCGAUCACCAUCAUCUCCAUCCAUUGAUUUAGAUCAACCACUAGAUGAUAAUAUGAUUAUAUCACCAGCAACUACUCCACAUCGUCAAACGUCAAGAGACCUAAUUUAUUCACCAACAGUGUCACCUUCUGGUGCUGAACGAGAAUUAAAUCAUGAUAAAAAGUUAAAUGCAGAAAAGUUGAAUGAAUUACUGCAAAAAGUUGGUGAAUCACCAAUCAAAGAUCAAAGAAAUUCGAAUAUUGUUAGACUAAAAUGUAAUAUAUUAUUAAAUCAAAUCAAAUCUUUAGCAACAUCAAUCACACAACGUUCAUCAAGCUCCUCUUCAUCAUCAGCUAUAACGGCGACCGAUACAAAUGAUACGGAUGAUAAAAUUGAAGUAAUUCAAAAUUUACCAUUAACAGAUAUGAUACAUUUAGUUUCUGGUUUAAGACAAUUAGUAUGUCUUAGCGAAUUUGAUGAACAAAUACGACUUUUAACAUUAAGUCCACCGAAUUGGUCAAGAAGAGCAAUAGCAAGUUUUUUUCCAGUCACACAAUGGCAAGCCAGAAUAUCAAUAGAUUUAAGAUUAGAUGAUGGUAUUCUGGCCAAAUAUGAAAAUACUCAAGAUCGAGGAAAAAUAACAGCUGAAACAAUUGCAAAAGUAUUAGAUUUUUUCGAAGAUGAUACGAUAAGUCGUGUAUCACCAAAUGUUAAAGAUGUAAUUCAAAUCAAGGACGAAUAUGGUAAUAAACAUCCAAAACAAUGUCGAUUUAUGUUGAUUUCAUUAACAGAAGCUUUUGAAAAUUUCAAAGAAAAAUAUUCAGAAGAUGAUUCAAUCAAAAUAGGACAUUCAAAAUUUUGUCAAUUGUUGCCAAAGUGGAUUAAACAACAAAUCAAGCACAAUUCUUGUUUGUGUGUUUACCAUGAGAAUUAUCGUUUACUUCUUACUGCAUUAUCAGCAGUUGUACAAUGUUCAUUAAAAUCAGCAGAUUUUAUUAAUUCAAUAGUUUGUAACCAAGAUAGUUAUAAUUGUAUGAGUGGAGAAUGUCCACGAUGUAAAGAUCAAUGUCCGUCAAUUGUUGUACGACAAUUAUAUCAAAUUGAUUUGAAUGACAAUAUUACUUGGAUGACUUGGACAAAAGUAAAUCAAAAGUUAACGAUAACAAGAGUUACUGGAACAAUUUCGGAUUUAUUGAGUAGAAUGGAUGAACUAUGGAGUAAUUAUAUUUUACAUUAUUAUAUAACAUCAAAACAAUAUGAAUAUAUUAAAGAAUUGAAAAAUAAUUUAUCACCGUAUGAAGUCGUAGUCCAGAUGGACUUUGCCGAAAACCAUUCAUUAGAAAUUCAAUCUGCUAUACAAUCUAAUUACUGGUCUCAAUCACAAGCAGCAAUUUUUACCGUCUGUGUUAAAACACAUGAUGCUGUGAGUAAUGCUAUUUCUUCAAGUAUUCAUGGCAUGCAUUUCGUGCAUACUCUAUUUCUAAAAAGAACAAUGUGGCAUAAGAAGUCAUUUUACUUUUGGGUGUCUAGUCAUUAUUGAGUCUCUUGAUUGCAAAAUGUUUUCAGUGUUUUCGUAAAUUCCAAGAGUGAGAAAAAUGCUAUGCUAGGAAUUCUUUUCAUCGUAAAAAGUUUUGUAAUUUACUAUACAAAAUGGUUUCGCACAAAACUAUUAGUAGAGUUCAUCAAAAAUCGUUUCAGUCACAUAUUUCGUACCAUAACAUUUUUCCACUACGGAAUUCUUACGGUUUGGAUGUAUC